GGCUACACCACGGUCGGGAUGCAUCUGCAGACCACUGCCACAUAAAUAAAGUUCACCUUUCCAUAUCGUGGCUUCAUUCCUCUCCCUGGGUGAUUCCAACACAGCUUCUACGAGCAUGGUGACAGUGGAGUAUGACGCGGUAUCUUACCAUGCGCUACCGAAGGGGCUCAUCAAUUCUCGACAUCGAUUCAAAUAUGUCCUCGUAUUCCUUUUCCUCGCCGUCUCUGUUUUCAUCUUCCUGCUGCGUGACAUUGUCACUCUGGAGGGUCUGAGCUGCCACACGGCGUGGUUAUUCUUCCCGCCCCGUAACUCCAGCUGCGCGGCUUACACCCAGAAGACGCCCCAGCCCUCCCAGCACCCCGUCCCCACCUUCUGCAGACACCGGGGCCCGGGGCCCACCCCCGACGAGGCCCUGGAGGACCGCCGCCUCCUGGACGCCAUCGCCUGGCCCCAACCCCCGGCCGGCCCGGUCCCCGCGCCCCUCAACCAGACCAGCGACCCCGCCCACAGCCUGUUCGCCAUCCUGGCCUCGCGGGGCCUGAGGGCGUGGCGCGUGGGCGACCAGCUGGAGGCCCUGGUCCAGAUGAAGGACUUCCAGGGCCGUUCCAAGCGCCAUGGCGGGGACUUCCUGGUGGCCCGGCUGCACUCCCCGGCGCUGGGGGCCGGGGUGGCGGGCAGGGUGGUGGACCACCUCGACGGCUCCUACUCGGCGCUGUUCCCCCUGCCGUGGGCGGGCCCGGCCACGGCGACGGUCACCAUGGUGCACUCCAGCGAGGCGGUGGCCGUGCUGCGGCGGCUGCGGGAGAGGUGGCCCAACCGGAUCUUCUUCCACAGCCUGUACCGCGUGGGCAACCUGUCGGAGACCACCGCGUGCCUGCCGUGCCUGCCGCCCGAUUACCCGCUGCGGCCGCUGUGCAACCACACGGACCCCCACACCGGGGAGCCCUGGUACUGCUACAAGCCCGAGCGGCUGGGCUGUGACUUCAGGGUGAACCACGCCAUGGGGGGCUACCAGAAGCCCCUCUACUCCAAGCAGGAGGCGCUGCUCUUUCGGAGGUCUGGCGCCGUACGAUUGCUCUUCUCGUUUGUGACGUAUAUCUCUGGUGCUUUUAUCCUUGUUCCUUUGAUCACUCGCAGCGGUGUGAACCUCAAAGUGGUCCUCCAUGCGUCGGGACCUGACUCGAUCGACGUGCUUCCUCAGAAGAUAGGUAAACAGUCGCACACAGUAGUACACAGUCGUUGCUACAGGUUAUGGAGGAGGUUGCUUAUGGGUGUUGGUGGUGCCCACUUGUAUGUGUUUCAUCUUGGGACAUUUGUGUCAUACUCAUUCGUCGUAGAUGGACAAAAGUUAGAGAACAGCAGCACCAGGGCAGAGUUGGUCAAGUACACCCCUGCUGGGUAUUACUACCAAAGCUACUGGAAGCCCGUCGGGGGAACUCCUGCUCGCCGGUUUGACACUUCCUCGUCCAUCACACAGUGCCUGACCGGCAAGGUGAUCAACAUGUACGGCGACUCCACCAUGAGGCAGUGGUUCGAGUACCUCAGCGCCUUCAUACCAGUGUUCAACCUGCACCGUUCCAAGAUGGUGGGGCCCUUGAUGGCGGUGGACAGCAAACACAACAUCCUGAUGAAGUACCGCUGCCACGGGCCGCCCAUCCGGAUCCGACCGGUCGUCGUCAGCGAGCUCCGCUACGUGGCCAACGAGCUGGACGGCCUGGCCGGCGGGCCCGACACCGUGGUGCUCUUCAGCGUCUGGGCCCACUUCACCUCCUUCCCCGUGGAGGUCUACAUCCGCCGUAUGCGCCACAUCCGCCGGGCGACAGUGCGGCUGCUGGCCCGGGGCCCCGGCACCCUGGUGGUCAUCCGCUCGGCCAACUUUGUGGCCAUGGACCAGACGACGAGCACGCACAGCAGUGACUGGUUCUCGCUGCAGAUGGACGGGGUGCUCCGGGCCAUGUUCCAGGGCAUGGCUGUGGUGUUGGUGGACGCCUGGGAGAUGACCCUGGCCCAUCACAGCGCCCACAACAUCCACCCGCCGCCGCCCGUCAUCAAGAACAUGGUGGACCUCGUCCUGGCUCACGUGUGCCCCGACGAGACGGACAAGAAGAGCUAGUGGUAAAGAAAGACCCCAAUUGCAAUUGUAAUUUGCAAUAUAUAUAUAUAUAUAUAUAUAUAUAUAUAU